AUGAAGACUGCGGGAUAUAUGCCACCAGCUGUUGUGCGGCGACAGACUGUUCCUACGACCUCUGCACCACAAAUUGGGACCACUGCUACGCCCACAGCGACGAGUAUUACGGCAAUUUCAGAAUGUCACGAGCACGGAACAGAAGUAUUCUGUAUGUUUGGCACGACAGAGUACCAAGUUGUCGUGCCCGCCACUGCAACAAGCAGCCUUCCGGCAUCUUACACUGAUUGUCACAACCACGGUUCCGAACUAUUUUGCGUCGGUCCUGACGGCGGAGAUGUCGAAGUCAUCACAGACACCACCGAAGAGACUCAAGAUGAUAGCUCGGCAAGCGGAACCGAAACUACUGACGAGGAAGAGGGUCAGGAUUGCCACUUCCAUGCUGGCGUGGAGCACUGUGUAGGCACCGAGGAAGAAUCGGCCGAAGUUGAUUGUUCGCGUCAGGAUCGAGACUACAACAUUCCCCUGAGAGUCGGUCUCCUGUUCGUUAUCUUGGUCACAAGUUUCAUUGGUGUCGCCGGACCGAUUCUCCUCGCCCCAGUGCUGCCGGUGAGGUUCAGUGUCGUCUUCCUGGUACUGAAACAAUUCGGAACUGGUGUCAUUAUUUCAACUGCCUUUGUCCACUUGUACACACACGCAACGUUGAUGUUCACGAAUGAGUGCCUUCAAGGGGUGGAGUACGAGUCGACCACGUCGGCCAUUCUUAUGGCGGGCCUGUUCCUAUCGUUCCUGGUGGACUAUCUUGGUCACCGUUUGGCCAAGAGAUACACGAAGACUUCAGGCCCGGGAAAUAAUGAGCUGAUCAGCGUACUCGUUUUAGAGGCAGGGAUAAUCUUCCACUCUCUUUUAAUCGGUCUUACCCUGGUAGUCGCAGGAGACAGCUUUUUCGUAACUCUUUUCAUCGUCAUCCUCUUCCACCAAAUGUUUGAAGGCAUUGCACUAGGUGCCCGCAUCGCUUCCAUUGGUCAUCCCCCCCACAACGUGACGAAGACUUCGCAUGCUCAUACACAAGUGUCGCCCAACGACGACAAGUCAGCCGAUUCAACAGAGGUAGCCCCUCAACUCUCCGAAGCCAACAGUUCCGACGAGGAAGUCAAGAGAGUAUCGGUGGUCCACAAGGUGCUCAUGGCCUCGGCAUUUGCGUUGAUCACGCCUAUAGGGAUGGCGAUCGGUAUUGGGGUGCUGCAAAAGUUUAAUGGAAAUGACCCCGCCACUCUUAUAGCUCUUGGUACGCUGGAUGCGUUGUCGGCUGGCAUCCUCGUAUGGGUCGGCGUUGUGGAGAUGUGGGCUCGGGAUUGGAUGUUCGGUGGCGAGCUGGUCGAUUCAGGGGCUGUGGUCACGACGUGUGCCGGCGUGGGGCUCAUUGCUGGAAUGGCUUUGAUGAGUUUCUUGGGGAAAUGGGCUUGAAGUUACGAAUAAGGACAUAGCUUCAUACAGUCUUCUGUGUGUCGAGCCGGGAGGAGAUGCUUUCUUAGUCAGCGAGUUGGCUGCCUAGGAUCAUCUGGAGAACUGAU